GAGAGAGAGGAAAAGGGAGAGAGAGAGAGAUCAACAAAAACAAAACGGACACAGAAAUCUUUUCUUCUUUUUUGACUAGCAUUUUCGAAACCAUCCCUUCUCCAGCAACGUCAAUUACGGAUGAUCAUCGUGCCAGCCAAUAAGUUUUACUGUACAACCUAUAUUGGCUGUUGAAACGUCAUGACAGAUGAAAAGACUAUUCCAAUAAUUAAUGGAAAACCAGAAGAUGCAAUGGACCCCGAAGCUUCCAACACCAAUUUAGACCGCAGUAAUGACAAAAAAGUGAACGAAAGAGGCCAUUGGAAUAACAAGGUUGAAUUUGUGCUCUCUGUGGCUGGAGAAAUCAUUGGACUGGGGAACGUGUGGAGAUUCCCUUACCUUUGCUAUAAGAACGGAGGGGGUGCUUUCCUAAUUCCAUAUGUGAUAUUCUUCAUCUGCUGUGGAAUUCCUGUGUUUUUCUUGGAGACUGCAUUGGGGCAGUUUACAAGUGAAGGAGGCAUUACAUGUUGGAGGAAAGUGUGCCCACUUUUUGAAGGUAUUGGAUAUGCCACCCAAAUCAUCUGCGCUCAUUUAAAUGUGUAUUACAUCAUUAUCUUGUCAUGGGCUAUCUUUUACCUAUUUAACUGCUUUACAACUGAUCUACCUUGGGCAACUUGUGGACAUGAAUGGAAUACAGACAACUGUGUGGAAUUCCAGAGGGCAAACUCAACUAACUGCACAUAUGCCAAUGCAACCUCUCCAGUUAUUGAGUUUUGGGAACGAAGAGUUCUGGGCAUAUCGAGUGGAAUUGAACACAUUGGGGGAUUACGAUGGGAAUUGGCUGGGUGUCUUCUCUUAGCUUGGAUCAUAUGUUAUUUUUGCAUAUGGAAGGGCCCAAAAUCUACUGGAAAGGUUGUGUAUGUGACUGCCACAUUCCCUUAUGUCAUGCUGAUGAUCUUACUGAUUCGAGGGGUUACUUUACCUGGAGCUGCAGAAGGAAUAAAGUUCUACCUGUAUCCAGAUCUCUCACGCCUCUCAGACCCACAGGUUUGGGUGGAUGCAGGAACACAGAUCUUUUUCUCCUAUGCUAUCUGUCUUGGUUGUCUGACUGCUUUGGGAAGUUAUAACAGCUAUAACAAUAACUGCUACAGGGAUUGUGUUAUGCUGUGCUGUCUAAAUAGUGGGACUAGUUUUAUUGCUGGUUUUGCCAUUUUCUCAGUCUUGGGAUUUAUGGCUUUUGAACAGAAUGUUCCCAUAGAGGCAGUAGCAGAAUCGGGACCCGACCGAUAUGAUGCUGCUCAGUGUUUCUUGUGUGUAACACUUGUUUCUCUCCUGGAUUUCUGUGAUUUGCAGUUUGUCUGUGUUGAAAGUUUAGUGACUGCAGUAAUGGAUAUGUAUCCAAAGACUUUCAGAAGAGGUUACAGACGGGAGCUCCUGAUUCUUGCACUUUCAGUAUUCUCCUACUUCAUUGGGCUCAUAAUGUUGACAGAGGGUGGGAUGUAUGUUUUCCAGUUGUUUGACUCCUAUGCUGCCAGUGGAAUGUGUCUCCUGUUUGUGGCAAUUUUUGAGUCAAUCUGUAUAGGGUGGGUUUAUGGCAGUGAUAGAUUCUACGACAAUAUUGAAGAUAUGAUUGGGUACAGGCCAUUAAAAUUGAUCAAAUUCUGCUGGAUGUUUCUAACCCCAGGCAUCUGUAUAAGCAUCUUCCUGUUUUACUUGAUAAAGUAUAAGCCCCUGAAAUAUAAUAACGUCUAUGUUUAUCCUGACUGGGGGAAUGGAAUAGGCUGGAUGAUGGCUCUUUCAUCCAUGAUUUGCAUUCCGGUGGGGCUUUUAAUUCAAAUAUUGCGAACCGAAGGAACGGUUUCAGAGAGAAUGAAAAAGCUGACCACAGCCGAUCCAGAUCUGAAGAUGCAAGGCAAGCUAGGUGGGAGCCCGUUGUCCUAUACAGUUAAUGACUGUGAUGCCAAACUCAAAGGAGAAGGAAACAUCUCAGCAAUCACGGAAACAGAAACACACUUUUAAGCAACAAAAAAAAAAGAAGAAAAGAAAUUAAAAAAAAAAAAACAUCUUUGUUGUUUUGUAAAAUAAAUAAAUAAAUAAUAUUCAAUUUAAUUAUAGAAUUGCUUGUUUUGCACAAACUCAGUUAACAAAUUCAUUUUUUAAGUAUGCAUUAUAAUUAAGAAGAUGACUUUUUAUUAAUUGUAAGAUUAACCAACUAUAAACUGUACUUGAAGUGAUUUCUUGUAAUAUUGUAACACUAGAAAAUUUUUACUGUUAGAAUGAUGCCAAUGUAUAAUGUGCUGUAAAACUUUUAUCUUUGAAACAGUUUUGGAAAAGUGUUUGUAUAGAUGUGUUUCUAAUUGUAGAUAUCUUCAGACCAUUCCAAAUAUGAAUGUAUGUCUAUGGGGUGAGAGGGAGCUUCCUGUCUACUUUGCUGUAGGCGGGUUUCUAAAAUGCUAGUUUAAUCCCAGGGUACUUUUAUUGUUCCUGAUGUUUUAACUAUCUGUUGAAAUGAAGCACUCUGUUUUCACUGUUUGCUAUUAACUCGCAGGGCGAGUUUGGAGAGUACUAUUUUUCCUAGCUAUUUUAUAAGACUGGUAACUCAGAACUCAUAACACAUGAUUAAACCGAGUUUAAUCAAAGUUGACUGAUAUAUACCUAGUUUUGGUUUCUGUUUGAUUUUUCAAGAGACAAUGAUUGUGUUUACGUACUUUAUAGCACUACUAGUCUUAGCUUGUCUACUUGAUUUUAUUCAGGGGGAGAUUUAGUUUGCUCAUCCUUGCUAAUUUGCAUCAGGAUAGCGUGGCUCAUGUUGAGGUAACAGCACCAAGCACUUAACACAGUUAUGUUUAGAUGUGUAACAAAAGCUGGCAGCUUUGAAGAGUACCCUAAGAACAUCCAUAGCUUUUCCACUGCUGCUACAGUAUGAUGAAUUUACUAGGAACUCUGUACACAUACAUAGCCCUUUGGCAUGGUCUACAUCGUCACGUAUUAUUGCUAAUGCUUGUGCUUGUACAUUUGCACAUUUAAUACCUGUUUAACAAUUUCACUUCUACUUAAGUUUUACAUUUUUUUUUUAAGUUUACUUUUAGUGUUUGUGUACUUAUUUCCGAGAUUUAAAAAAAAAAAAAAUGAAAAUCAUGUUUCUCUGAAGACUUCUGAUAUAUACGGUAGUGCUUUUGAAGUUUUAGCAGUAUAUGGAGAAGUUUGUACUGUUUUUGGUAUUCACAGGGCACAAGAUUCUAUUGUCUGCUUAAUCAUUUUUAAAAAUAAAGAAUAAAAAGUAA